AUGUUGCAGAUGCUGUGCUUAAUAGCCGUCGCUCGAGGCCAAUAUGAUUAUUCACCCCAAUCCCAUGCUGGCGAUGGGCGUGGCGGAUUGAUCGGCAACUCCGAUGGCGGCCUUGUGCAUGGUGGUUCUGCCCAGCUUUCAGAGCCCAUACUCCAGGCCAAUGAGUUCAACAAGGAGUUCUACACGUACAGUGCACCAGAACAGGAGUUCGACAAUAGUCCCGUUAACGAUCAAAUCGCGAAUAGUCUGAGGAAGAAUCUGCGCGUUCUCUUCAUUAAGGGUCCCGAGAAUACGGGUCUGGAGCAUGCUGCACUACAAUUGGCUUCCUCCGCUUCAGAUGAUCGCACAGCCAUCUAUGUACUAAACAAACAGGCUGAUGUCAGUGAGUUGGCCAACAAGCUGAACCAGAUCAAGCUCCAGACCAACAACAAACCAGAGGUGCACUUCGUCAAGUAUCGCACUCCCAGCGAUGCCGAGAAUGCUCAACGUGUUAUCCAAGCCCAAUACGAUUCGCUUCCCGGCCGCUCGACUAAUCAUAAUGCCGGCUCCUCGUCUCCCGUCUUGGAUUUUGCCUCAAAGAGCGGAACAGGUGUUGUUGGAGUUACUGCAGCCGAGCUACCUUCGAAUAGCGCGUACUUGCCACCAAGCCGUAGGUUUUAGCUUUAAGCA